AUGUCGCUCGCAUCUGGUGUUUCUAUUCAGGAUGAAUGCCUGACCGCAUUCAACAACCUACGCAUGACCGGAGGUACAAAGGGAGCCAAGCCCAAGUUCAUCAUUUACAAGAUCUCCGACAACAAGAAGGAGGUUGUGGUUGAGCAUGUCUCUGAAGACCCGGACUACGAGGUUUUCCUCCAGAAGCUUGAGAACGCCAAGGACAGCAAUGGCAAGCCCGCUCCUCGCUAUGCUAUCUACGACGUGGAGUAUGACCUGGGUGAGGGUGAGGGCCAGAGAAGCAAGAUCCUUUUCAUCUCUUGGGUGCCUGAAGGUACCUCCACUAUCUGGUCCAUGAUCUACGCCAGCACCCGGGAGGUUCUGAAGAACGCCCUUAACGUCCACACAUCCAUUCACGCCGAUGACAAGGGUGAUCUCGCGUGGAAGGCUGUCGUCGCCGAGGCCAGCGGUGGUAAGGCCAAAUAA